AUGGCUCAGCAUUGUAACUUGUCCUCCAUCUUAUUGCUUGCAUUUAUCUAUAUCAUGCAUAACCACAUGAUAAUUACUAUAACAGCACAUCACCUUCUUCAGACUCCUAGUUUCUCAACGUCCGCUACUCCUAGUUUUUCAAUGCCCUCUACCCCAAGUUUCUCAACACCCACUACCCCUAGUUUCUCAACGCCUGCUACCCCAAGUUUCUCUAAUUCCCCCAGUCUUUCAAAGCCUGAAACCCCUAGUUUUUCAAAACCCGAAACACCUAGUUUUUCAAAGCCCGAAACUCCUAGUUUCUCAAAGCCUGAAAUACCUAGUUUCUCAAAAUCCGAAACUCCUAAUUUCUCAAAAUCCGAAACUCCUAGUUUCUCAAUUCCCGCUACCCCCAGUUUCUCCACUUCCCCUAGUCUUUCAAAGCCUGAGACCCCUAGUUUUUCAAAGCCCGAAGCUCCUAGUUUUUCAAAGCCCGAAGCUCCUAGUUUCUCAAAGCCCGAAACUCCUAGUUUUUCAAAGCCUGCAACACCUAGAUUUUCAAAAUCCGAAACUCCUAGUUUCUCAAAACCUGAGACCCCUACUUUUUCAAAGCCUGAUACCCCUAGUUUCUCAAAACCUGAGAUUCCUAGUUUCUCAAAGCCCGAGACCCCUAGUUCUCCAAAGCUCGAGACUUCUACAUUUUCAAAGCCUGAGGCUCCUACUUUCUCAAAGCCUGAGACUCCAAGUUUCUCCAAGCCCGAGACCCUUGGUUCACCAAAGGCCAAGACCCCUACCUCCUCAAAGCCUGAGACCCCUAGUAUUUCAAAGCCCGAGACUUCAAGUUUCUCUAUGCCCGAGACCCUUGGUUCACCAAAGACCAAGACCCCUACCUUCUCAAAGCCUGAGAUCCCAAGUUUCUCAAUGCCCGAGACCCCCAGUUCUCCAAAACCCGAGAUUCCUAUUUUUUCAAAGCCUGAGACUCCUAGUUCCCCAAAGCCAGAGACCCUUAAUUCUCCAAAGCUCGAGACCCCUGAUAUUUCAAAGCCUGAAAGCCCUAGUUUCUCAAAACCUGAGACUUUUACUUUCUCAAAGCCUGAGACACCUAGUUCUCCAAAGCCAGAAACCCCUACUUUCUCAAAGCCUGAGACUCAUACUUUCUCAAAGCCCGAGAUUUCUAGUUCCCCAAAGCCUGAGACUCCUACUUUCUCAAAACCUGAGACCCCUAGUUUUUCAAAGCCUGAGACCCCAAAGUCUCCAAAUUUUGAGACUCUAAGUUCUUCAAAACCUGACACUCCUAGUUUCUAG